AUGGCACCUCGCACUAACGGCCGGGGCGUCCAGGUCGAGGACACCAAGAUCUGCGUCGUCAUGGUAGGAUUGCCCGCACGAGGCAAGAGUUAUAUCGCACAGAAAGCUCAACGAUACCUCCAAUGGCUCUCCAUCGACGCCAAGACCUUCAACGUGGGCAACUACCGCCGCACCGACGCACCCCAGCCCUCGGCCGACUUUUUCGACAUUGGCAACACCGAGGGUGAGCGCCGGCGACGGGCUGCCGCCGAGGCCGCCAUUGCCGACAUGCUCGCCUGGUUCAAGCAAGGCGGCGUCAUUGGCAUCCUGGACGCCACCAACUCGACCAAGGAGCGCCGCAAGUGGGUCAUGGACGUCUGCACCCGCGAGGGCAUCGAGGUGCUCUUCGUCGAGUCCAAGUGCGACAACGAGGAGAUGAUCAUGGCCAACAUCCGCGACGUCAAGACUACGAGUCCUGACUACAAGGGCCAGGAUCCCGAGAAGGCUGCGCUCGACUUCCGGAACAGGAUAAAGAACUACGAGAAGGUCUACAAGACAAUCGACGGCGACGGCGACGAGAGCGACUACACCUACCUGAAGAUCAUGGACGUCGGUAGCCAGGUCAUCAUCAACCGCAUACAGGACUACCUGCAGAGUCGUGUGGUGUACUACCUCAUGAACCUCCACAUUCGCCCGCGCUCCGUGUGGCUGUCGCGCCACGGGGAGUCGUUAUAUAACCUCAACGGCAAGAUAGGCGGAGAUGCCGAUUUAUCGCCGCGGGGACACCAAUAUGCCCAGAAGCUGCCGGAGUUGGUCCGCCAGUCAGUCGGUGGUGACCGCCCCUUGACGGUAUGGACAUCAACCCUGAAACGAACCAUAGCAACCGCUAGGUUCCUGCCCGAAAAUUACAACCAGUUGCAGUGGAAAGCCCUGGACGAACUGGACGCUGGUCUUUGUGAUGGCAUGACGUACCAGGAAAUCAAGGACCAGUACCCCGAGGACUUCAUCGCUCGUGACGAAGACAAGUACAACUACCGGUACCGAGGCGGCGAGUCGUACCGUGACGUCGUCAUUCGGCUCGAGCCCAUCAUUAUGGAAUUGGAGAGGUCGGAGGAUAUCCUGAUUGUCACACACCAGGCAAUUCUGCGAUGCAUCUACGCGUACUUCAUGAAGAAAGAUCAGGCGAAAUCCCCUUGGAUGAACGUCCCUCUGCACUGUCUGAUUAAGCUCACGCCUAGAGCGUAUGGGACUGACGAGGAGAGGUGGCAGGCAGAUAUUCCUGCCGUCAGCACCUGGAGAGCGAAGGGCAGUACCGCGAAGCAUGAAGACCCUACGGGCACUGCGUAG